CCUCUGUCAUAUCCUAGUGCUGUGAUAGAGUAAUGUGGCCCUUCCUAUCCUCUGUAUUAACGUAGUUAGUCCUGUUAAUAACUCGCUUAUUGUCGUAAUCGUAUUCAUAAUUAAACAAAUGAGCAACUCAGCAAAGUGAAAAGGGAGAGAAUAUAGAUCAUGGUCAGGUUGUGUGUGGUGGCGUGAGAGAGGAGUGUCAGUGUGACGGUGGUCGUCGAAGUUUACUGUACGCAGUUGUACGUCAUGAUCUACAUCACCCUCACCACGCGAUUAUUGUUGAGUCUCGCGAUCUCGGCAUCUUGUGCCAGACUGCCUGAGGAUGCCUCCGCGCCAUCACACACGGCCACGAGACCCACUGCCCACGUCCGUCCUACACCCACGACGCCUGUGAUGGACUCUGUCGUCCCUCAAGUCAUGUCUGAAACGACUACUACUACUGGGGCCCACAGUGACAGUCUGACACGGUUGACACCUGAAGUGACAAUAAAACCAGCGUCGGUCGGCCUGGUGGCUGACGCUGUAGAUAUCGAUGACUGGAGGGGGGAAAGUGGUGAGGGUAAUAAAGAUGGUGAUAGUGAUGAGAAUAUGGCAGAAGAUGAAGACAAUGAUGAUGAAGAAAAUGACUAUGAAACCGAAUAUUAUGAUGACUCAUAUGACGAUGGAGACUUUGAAUAUGAUAUCGAGAAUUAUGAUGAUGAUAGAAGUAAUGAAGACGAGUAUGACGAUGAUUAUGACGAGGUUUACUCCGACAAUAAUAUUAUCUACGAACAAGAUAACGACAUCGAUGGCGAAUACAAUGGUUACAUAUUAAACUACUGGGAAAAAGAGGACAAUAACGAGACACACAAUGAAGACACUUAUGUUGAAAUGAUGGAAGGUGGAGACGAGAAACAGAACCAGCUGAAGGACAGUGAUGCUGGGAUGGUAUACAUGUACCUCCAGGGCAACGAUUCCACACUCAUCACUCCCUUCUUCCUCGGGGGUCACAAGGAUCCCAAACAGGAUAUCCUACUCGGGGGUGAAGGACUUCUACCACCAUCACCAUUAUUGACUUACCUAUCAUGGUUAAAGCUGGGUUAAGUGAAGUGGAAAAGAAAUAGUAUUAUAUUGUUUGAGGACAACAGAGAAACUCCUUACAUCCUUGGCGACGGUUACAUACCCAAGGGCGAUACCGUCAUAGUGUUAGGUGACGAGCAGCUCAGAAAUAUCGAUCCGUUGAUUAAUGCUGACUUUGAAAGUGGAUGGAGAGCUGUGUUA